AUGGCAACCGUCAUCCGCCGGUUCAUCUCCUACACGCACUCGACACUUGUCGACAAGUAUUGCCAGGAACAAGAAGCCCGCGAUCCUCGCAUAGUGCAAGCCGCUAUCCAGAGAACCGAGCUUCACCAAUCUCACAAGGACCCGAUCGAUCCGAAGAAGGUCAUCUCCAUCCAGCUCCUGGACAAGAAUGGCAACAGAGUAGGAACGGGGCAUCUCCACGACGAUGGAACAUCGAAGUUCCGUUACAAGCAGAAGCCACCUUCGGAAUCCCCAUCAUCUGGCUUCGAAUAG